UGUACUCUAUGAACAUACAACAUACACAUUCACCUGCCUCACUAUUCUAAAAACAAAUCAGAUAUUUUAUUGUAAAAAAAACAAACAUUAAAAAUGGCACUGACCAAGAGAUUCAAGAGUUAGUGUGUCAAAGUCUAUCACUUUGAGCUAUGUGCAAUAUAAAAAAAAAUAAUAGUAAUUACAACUUGUGUUAUAUAUUUGUCGCCAUGUGGUGAGCGUUGCUUGCAGUGUGAGCCCAAGGAAGCGGAGAUAGCAGACACUAAUUGAACAGUCCAGGAUGCAGGGAACAAAGGAAAACUGCACACUAUGCAUCAGUCUAGAAAGUACAAUAAAUAGAAGUAGUUCAAUGACAAUCAAGUGUGCUGACAGGACAUGGCACAGGAAGUAAAGGUGCUCUCAAAACACAGAGACCAAACAGGAAAUACUGACAAAACAAGAGCACCAGGACAGGAAGUGAUUCUAAACACAGUAAGUAGAAACUAUAAAUGACACUGGACAGGAAAACCCAAAUAUGAGCAAACUGUCAGUAGCACGCCUGACAAUAUUACUGUUGUCAAAUGAUCAUUCAUUUCAAUCAGAUUCCACUGCAGAUGAUGCUCCUGCUCAAGAGGACUUGGUAAUAAAAAGUAAGAAAGCACUCUGAGACCUCCGCCUUCUCCCCCCCAAAAAAUUCUGAAUCCAGAAGAUGAUCCGGAUCACCCCCAGAAUCUUAAACGUUUUCCGUAUCCCAUUCCUAACAUUUCUUGAAAUGCAAUAAUGCAUAACACAAAUAGUGUUUUUCAGAAACUCCUUGAGUACCAACAGAAGGUCUGAAGUAAACAAAGGACUUCAGUGUGUGUCAGAAACAGGAAGUAAAAGCAUCAAACGCUCACCAUCCUGCGAGUGGGCGAUGGCGGCUGAUGCAGGAGGCAAGCUGCGUCUGGUGCCGGGGGGCCCAGGUGACCCUGACCUGCUGGACCUUGAUAAGGAAGACGGUGCGACCUGCAAGGAAUCUGUCCAUGCUGGCCAAAGGUCUUCUAUAGAACAGGAGUGCGUCGCUGUUUUUUAGGAAUUGACAGCAAAAUCUGCAGACUUUCAACACCUCUGCACCAUGCAGCACAGCAGAGGACCUGACCACUGGAGCCGCCAUAUCGCAGGCCCUGCAUCAAAUAGACCCGUCGUGGUUCACUGAUGCUUGGCUCACUCGCAUCAAAACAGAGGUGGAGGACAACUGGAGACUGAAGCUCAACAACCUGAAGAAGAUCCUGCAGAUGGUGCUGGAGUACUACAACGAGGUGUUGGUGCAGGGCCUCACUGACUUCCCCCUGCCGGACGUGGCCCUAGUGGCAGAGCAUUCGGCCCCAGUUGAGCUGGGGAGGUUGUUGCAGCUCGUCCUGGGUUGUGCCGUCAAAUGUGAACACAAACAAGAGUACAUUCAAAUCAUCAUGACGCUGGAGGAGUCCGUGCAGCACGUUGUCAUGGAGGCCAUCCAGGAGCUCCUGAAUAAAGAGACCACCACCCCCUUUGGAGCGGAGCUGUCAGGGGACCUGGAUCAGCAGCUCAGAAAGGCUUUGGAAGAAGUGUCCAAACUUUCAGCAGAGAAGGAAGCACUUUCCCAGCGCUGCCAGGAGCUAGACCAACAGGUGGCCAUCUUGCAAGAAGAGCAAAACAGUCUGUUGGUGGAGAACGACGUCCUGACCGACCGAGCUAAUCAGCUGGAUACCUUUGAUGACCCAAACACACCCCUGGGAAGGAAGCAUAGCCAGUUACAGCAGCAGAUUGAGGCGCUGCAGGAGGAGAACUUCCGGCUUGAGGCGGCCAAGGACGACUACAGGAUCCACUGUGAAGAGCUAGAGAAGGAGCUGGUUGAGAUCCAGCAUCGCACCGACGAGCUCACCAGCCUGGCGGAGGAAUCCCAAGCGCUCAAAGAUGAGCUGGACGUCCUGAGGAUCUGUUCGGAUCGGGUGGUGAUGCUAGAGGCUUCGGUGGAAACCUACAAGCGAAAGCUGGAGAACUUGGGGGACCUGAAGAGGCAAAUGAAACUGCUGGAGGAGAAUAACACCAUCUACAUGCAGAACACCGUCAGCUUGGAGGAGGAACUGCGCAAGGCCAACGCCGCCCGCACACAGCUGGAGACGUACAAGCGGCAGGUGCAAGAGCUGCAUCGGAAGCUGUCUGAGGAGACAAGGCGGGCAGACAACCAGGCCUUCGAGAUGAAGAAGUUGGAGGAGAAGCAUGAGCUGGUGAUGAAGGAGAAAGAGCGAAUCAUCAUCGAGAGAGAUUCUCUAAAAGAGAUCAAUGAGGAGCUUCGAUGCACCCAAGCCCAGCAGCACCAACUCUCCCAAGCAGGCAUGCUUCCAUCCAGCAGCCCCAGCCACGACAACCUGGCAGCAGAGUUGAUCCCCAUUGAGCACAGAGAGAAGUUCAUCAGGCUUCAGCACGAGAACAAGAUGCUGAGAGUGCAGCAAGAAGAGUUUGAAAGAGAAAAGAUCGCCUCUCUGCAGGUUCAGCUGGAGGAAGCUCACAAGAGCCGCAGUGAACAGGACACAGAGAACAGGUUGAGUCGAGAGCGUAUCGGUGAGCUGCAGCAGCAGGUUGAGGACCUCCAGAAGGCCCUGCAGGGUCAGGCGGUCAAGCCCGAUGAUUCCAACCUGAAGCGGAAGCUUGAUGCUCACAUGGUCCAGCUCAAUGAGGCUCAGGACGAAAUAAUGAAGAAGAAAGAGCUGCUGGAAGACCUGCAGCCCGACAACACUCAAACCUCACUGAAGCUGGACGAGCUCAUGGCCGCUCUGAAGAAGAAGGACGACGACAUGAGGGCCAUGGAGGAGAGGUACAAAAUGUACCUGGAGAAAGCUCGCAGCGUUAUCCGGGCACUCGACCCCAAACUGAAUCCUGCUACCGCUGAGAUCCAGGCACUAAAGAACCAGCUGGCAGACAGAGACAAGCAGGUUCUCAACCUGGAGCGUCAAUGUGAGCAGGCCCGACUCCGAGAGUACGAGGAGAAGCUGAUAGUCUCGGCCUGGUACAACAAGAACCGCGCUGUCUCCUCAGAGUCUGAACUUUCAGAAGCUGGCCAUCGAGUCGCGUCUCGGAGGCCGCAGCGCCUCCCCGCUGUCCCCCGGUCAGUCCUUCUUGUCCCAACAGCGGCAGGUUUCCAACGCCCCUCGCCGGGCGCUCUCCAUCAGUGUGCCGAGUGCCACCUCCAAGUAGAGCUGCUCAGAGCCACGUGCCUCGCCUUAGUUCAGUUCAAGGACCGAUCCACCCUCAAGUGGCCUUAAACGCAUCACACCGCCCAGGGUGUUCAAGGAUGAGGCGGUUGAGACUGAGUAGUUGGAGCACAUAAGUUCACUUGGCUGAUCUGACAUCAGGAAUCUUUUCACAUGCUGCCAGCAAACUGAACUCAACUUUGUAAAUCCUGUCAAGUUCACAAAAUGGGAUUUGAAUCAUGUGUACGACUUAGGAUCGUGGAAGGUUUGAUAGAUUGGGUGCUGGACACCAGCCAGUAAAGUAGAACUCCUGAAGAGAAGCUGUAUAAGUCUAAGGCUGUCCCUCAAAUGGAAUACAAGCUCCUAGAAUGCAUACUUUGAUGGCAGUGCUGUCCAAAACCCAUUACUGUACUUUAGUUGUGCACUUAAAGGAAAAUAAUUAGCAUCUUCUCACCCUGUUAAUUGCAAGCUGUGGAGUUAGUCCCGCCCCUUCACCUAUGCAGCCAAAAUGGCAGCUAUUGGAGGUUGGUAAGCAUUCAUUACUGCAUUUUUCCGUACUUCUUUACUGUGAAUGCACUCAAAAUUUCCAGCGCAAGUCUGGAAGUGUGUACAUUUUGAAACAUGGUCUAAUGACAACGCAAGAACUUCACUAUUUACAACCAUUAGUGUAUUAGUGGCAGUUGCACUGAUACAUAUGUCCAUGUUUUUAAUCUAAACGUCCCACGCAGGUGAAGCUAUUCUGUAUAUUUUUGUCAGAAUUACAGGUAAUGUGAUGUUAUUCUUCUAACGUUUGUUCAAUCGCUUUAAUUAAACACCCAUUGGGCACCAUCUGUCAGAUGUUCAUAAUCAGCUUAAUGUGUAUUGUUUGCUAAAGCUCUUCUUUGCAGUGUACUAGAAGGCAUUUAUAUAAUGAUUAUCUACUAUUCUGAUCAGGUAGCACAGCACUGUAUGUAAUGGGGAAAAAAACAUAAAUGUUAUGACAUUUUAUAUUUUAGAGCAAAAUUACAAAUAAAUAUUUUUUUCCUGAAGCUUGUUUGCGUAAAAUACAUUUGGAGCCUACGCUUUGUAGCUUUCUUUAGCAGGUCUGUGGUUACAUUUAAAUACAACUUUUUUCUUCCACCUCCUUGUUAGGGUCAUUUUAUCGUCGUCAUUUAUUUUUAUUCCUUUCAUGAAAAUGCAUACAUACAAGCCAUAUACAGUUGACACUUUCAUUGUUUUUUUGUUUCUUAUACAUUUCCAUGAUCAGAAAGGAGCAGAUGGAAGAAUACUAUUCUUAUAUUUAUCUGCCCCCUUUUUAACACAAAUUAUUUUAGAUGAUUUUAUCACUGUUCCUCUCCACCAACACCCGAACUCCAAAAUACUUAAAAUUUUCGUUUAAGCAUUUUCAAAAUGACACGUCCAAUCAAAAUCAAAAAUCAGUUUGAUAUAAUUCCAGCUGUCUUUUUUUUUGUAACUCUUUUUAAAUUCAAAGAUAUUCUUGCAACUUUUUAAGUCUUUGCCUAGAGAAUUCCAUGCUUUCACAGCAGCAACAGACAAGCACAUUUGUUUCAAAUUUGUUGGCACUCUUGGAUGUUUAAAAUCAUACGGCCUUCUGUGGUUCUCAUCUUCAGACGUGAACACAAAUAACUCUUGUAAGUCAUUCGGAAGAACUUUAUUUCUAGCUUUGAACAUCACUAAUGGAGUAUGCAAUUCUACAAUGUCUUUUAGUUGUAAUAAUCCUGACCUAAUGAAGAGUGGAUUUGUGUGGUCUCUGUAUCCGACUGUAAAAAUGAUACGAAUUGCUCUUUUCUGUGA